AUGAGCUUCCAAACCGCCCGCCUCUCAUUCAAACCCCUGUGCCUCUCCGACACCGUCGCCCUCCAUGAACUCCGUACCGAGCCCUCGGUGAUGAAGUGGAGCGUGCAGCAUGUUCCCGAUGCGAAUCUCCAGCAGACGGAAGAUUGGAUCCGGCGCUCCAUUGGCCUCGACGAGACCGGUUCAGAUGCAGAAAAAGGCGGGGCGAAAAAGGGCAUGAGCCUGAAGAAAGGCAAGGGCAUCGUCUUCUCAGUUCGGGAACUUUCAUACCUACAGUCCCGAAAAGAUGGAGAUGGAGAAGAAGAUCGGAUCAUCGCCGUAAUCGGGAUCAAGGAGUCUGAGUCGCCGGUCUCGGGGAAAAUGCAGUACGAGCUCGGGUAUAUGUUUGUGCCUGGGGUUUGGGGGAAGGGGUACGCGAGUGAAGCUGUGAAGGGGAUUAUGGGCUGGUGGUUUACGUACCUUGACUCGUUCGGUACUUCAAUUGCGAAGUCGGAGGCUUCGGGCGUGAAUGGCGGAAAACAAGGAGAUAUUGAAGAUGAGGACCGGGUAUAUGCUAUUGUUGCGAAGACGAAUGGCGCCAGUAUCAGGGUGAUGGAGAAGUGUGGCUUCCGGGUUGUCGGACAGGGAGAAGAAGAUGGCAGCGGGUUAGAGCUUGUUGAGUUUUGUAUUUCUAAAUCUGAUUUGGCGAUAUAG